CGCACCGCAAAAUCUCACUGAGCCCUAUUUUGCCCUUUUGCCUUGCCAACACAUCGUUUCUGUCUCUCUUACAUACCUCCCCUUCCCCUCAUCACCUCGUUUCCACCAUGCCACGUGCCAGUCUCGCAUCAACUUCCCUGCACCUAGUUCUCCCCCCAUGCCCAUGCACCAUGGCGCCCAAGGCUACCGCCGCUUUUAACAUUGCAGGUGCGCCGGACUUGCUCGUUUACCCCAGACCCUUCCUUCAUAGCAGAAGCGGAAGAAAAAAGCUUAAUAGAGGUGAAAUAUGUUUCAAGGCUAUCGGGAGGGGGGGGGGAUAUGCCACCUGUCAACCCACCUUCCGGGCCGCGGGACGAUGACUGAGGGGGGUUUAGCUUAGGGAGGGGCGUG